CUUUUCGCAAUCUCCCGCCUUAUCUCUCUCCUCUGCCACUGAAACCAGAUCCGGUUCAGCAAAGGUUUUCUCUUUCGGUCAUUCAAGUUUCCCCUCCUCUUUCCCUUGCUAUCUGCGUCCUCAAAUGGUUCCCAGCUACACUAGAAGAUUGUGAUUCUUCAAUGGCGUUGUCCCAUCCAUCCCUGUUCUCUACUUGCGCUGCCUACAGAUUCAAUCCUCUUCUUUUCUCUCGUCGCAAUCGUGGGAUUAAUAUUUCUCAUUGGAGUUUCAGGCGUUUCAGCCCUAGAUUUUUUACAGUUGUAGCAUCAGAGAAUGGCAUAUUUACCUCUCCAGAGUCGGCAAAGUCUUUUGAUUUUACCUCUGAGGAACGGAUCUACAAUUGGUGGGAGUCUCAAGGGUAUUUCAAGCCAAGCGUUGAUCGAGGAGGAGAUCCUUUUGUUAUUUCCAUGCCACCUCCUAAUGUUACGGGAUCACUACAUAUGGGGCAUGCCAUGUUUGUGACUCUCGAGGACAUUAUGGUUAGGUACCAUCGAAUGAGGGGAAGACCUACUCUUUGGCUUCCUGGAACCGAUCAUGCUGGUAUUGCAACUCAGCUGGUUGUGGAGAGAAUGCUUUCAUCUGAAGGAAUUAAAAAGGCGGAACUAGGUAGAGAUGAGUUCACAAGACGUGUUUGGGAGUGGAAAGAGAAAUAUGGUGGAACCAUUACAAACCAGAUUAGGAGAUUGGGUGCAUCUUGUGAUUGGACCAGAGAACAUUUCACCCUCGAUGAGCAGCUAAGUCGAGCUGUGGUUGAGGCCUUUGUGAGACUCCAUGACAAAGGCCUAAUCUAUCAAGGGACUUACAUGGUUAACUGGUCUCCUAGUCUGCAGACAGCGGUCUCUGACUUGGAAGUUGAAUAUUCUGAAGAACCUGGUACUUUAUAUUAUAUCAAGUAUCGCAUUGCAGGAGGUUCAAGGAGUGAGUAUCUAACAAUAGCAACAACACGCCCGGAGACAUUAUUUGGUGAUACUGCUAUAGCAGUGCAUCCUGAGGACAAUCGUUAUUCAAAGUAUAUUGGAGGGCAGGCAAUUGUACCCAUGACAUUUGGCCGGCAUGUCCCCAUUAUCUCUGAUAGGUAUGUUGAUAAAGAGUUUGGAACUGGGGUAUUGAAGAUAAGCCCAGGUCAUGAUCACAAUGACUACCUGCUUGCUAGAAAGCUUGGUCUACCAAUACUUAAUGUAAUGAACAAGGAUGGGACACUAAAUGAGGUUGCUGGUCUGUACUGUGGCCUUGAUCGGUUUGAGGCACGGAAAAAGUUAUGGUCAGAUCUUGAGGAGACAGGUCUAGCCGUGAGAAAGGAGCCCCACACUUCACGAGUUCCCAGAUCCCAACGUGGUGGAGAAGUAAUAGAGCCAUUAGUAAGUAAGCAAUGGUUUGUUAGCAUGGAGCCCUUGGCAGAAAAGGCCCUCCGUGCAGUUGAAAAUGGACAGAUAACUAUAAUGCCUGAAAGAUUUGAGAAGAUAUAUAACCACUGGCUAUCAAAUAUUAAAGAUUGGUGUAUAAGCAGACAGCUAUGGUGGGGGCACCGUAUACCAGUUUGGUAUGUUACAGGUAAAGAUUCUGAAGAAGAAUAUAUUGUUGCUCGGAAUGCUGAAGAAGCUCUAGAAAAAGCUCGCCAAAAGUAUGGGGAAGGUGUAGAAAUCUAUCAGGAUCCAGAUGUUCUUGAUACUUGGUUCUCAAGUGCACUUUGGCCCUUCAGCACUCUUGGUUGGCCAGAUACAUCAGCGGAUGACUUUAGGAACUUUUAUCCAACAACGGUCCUUGAAACUGGGCAUGACAUUUUAUUCUUUUGGGUGGCACGGAUGAUAAUGAUGGGGAUCGAGUUCACAGGGACUGUUCCCUUUUCUAAUGUUUAUUUGCAUGGACUCAUCCGGGACUCUCAAGGACGAAAAAUGUCUAAAACAUUGGGGAAUGUUAUAGAUCCAAUUGACACGAUAAAAGAUUUUGGCACAGAUGCUUUACGUUUUACUCUUGCUUUGGGAACUGCUGGCCAGGACCUUAAUUUGUCAAUUGAGAGAUUGACUUCGAACAAGGCCUUCACUAACAAGUUAUGGAAUGCCGGCAAGUUUGUCCUACAGAACUUGCCCAGUCAAAAUGAUACCUCUGCUUGGGAAAACAUACUAGCUUAUAAGUUUGAUAUGGAGGAGUUUUUGUUCAAAUUACCUUUGCCAGAAUGUUGGGUGGUCUCAAAACUUCAUCAGCUUAUUGACACUGUUACAACAAGCUAUGACAAGUUUUUCUUUGGAGAUGUUGCAAGAGAAACCUAUGAUUUCUUUUGGGGUGAUUUUGCUGAUUGGUACAUUGAAGCUAGCAAAGCACACCUUUACCACUCAGAAAGUUCUGCAAUUGCAUCUGCAGCACAGGCAGUUCUUCUAUAUGUUUUUGAGAAUAUAUUGAAAAUUCUACAUCCCUUUAUGCCAUUUGUCACUGAGGAGUUAUGGCAGGCAUUACCUCAUCAAAGACAGGCUCUUAUUGUAUCUCAUUGGCCUGAAACAUCACUACCAAGGGAUGCCAACUCUAUAAAGAAAUUUGAGAACUUACAAGCUCUGACUAGAGCAAUUCGGAAUGCUCGAGCCGAAUACUCUGUUGAGCCUGCAAAACGUUUAUCUGCCUCUAUAGUCGCAAAUAAUGAUGUUCUCCAGUAUAUCUCUAAGGAAAGGGAGGUUCUUGCACUACUGUCUAGAUUAGAUCUGCAGCAUGUCCAUUUUACAGAUUCUCCUCCAGGUUAUGCAAAACAAUCAGUUCACCUUGUGGCUGGUGAAGGAUUAGAGGCUUAUCUUCCUCUUUCUGAUAUGGUAGAUAUCUCUGCUGAAGUCCAGCGCCUUUCUAAGCGACUUUCAAAGAUGCAAGUGGAGUAUAAUUCACUCAUUGCUCGCCUCAGUUCUCCUAGUUUUGUAGAGAAGGCUCCUGAGGAUAUUGUUCGUGGGGUUAGAGAGAAGGCAGUUGAAGUAGAGGAGAAGUUAAAUCUAACCAAGAACCGUCUAGCGUUCCUUGAAUCAACAGUUUUGGUUUCAGAAUAGGUUUCACCAAGGCUUUUACUGGGUUUGCCUCCAAUUUGCCCCAAGGAGUCCUUUGUUUCCUCUUCAUGUGAGUAAUUGCAGAUCAAAUCAGCAAAGUCCCUGAGAUUUUGAAUAUGCCAGCAACCAUUGAGCAUGAUAUCAAGUUGUAAUUAAUGAAAUUUAAUGUCAUAGUGCCAUGUUGGCAUUCUCAUACCCCAUUUUACCAUGUCGAGUUAGUAUUUGGUGCCAAUCAGGUACUUUUAUCACAGAGAAACUCUUUGGCCUGUCUCACAUGGUUUACCGUUCAAGAAGGAGCCUCAAGCAAUAAAAGAAGAGUUGAAAUUUUGGUGGAAGAUAUUUUAUGGGAUUGCAGUUAGUCCUUUGUAUUUGUUCGAACUUUGAACAGAAGUCAUGGCAUCAUCUAAGGUACACUUACCUAAAUUUUGAGGGCUUAGCGAGUUUUGGGUAUUGUUAUGUCAGUUAUUUUCUAAUGUAUAACUUUAUUUGUAGACUCCCCUUGUAAAUACACAAUUUCUUUUUAAGCAAGAAAAAGCCACAAUUAAGUGGUUCUUAUUAACA